UUGAAAGCGGUGUGAUUUUUACCGUUUCCCUGUUCCUACUUGCCGAUUUCGUAUAAGAAAGCAGGAGAAGAACAAAGCACCCGAGCCAAUAGUUAUCAACAACCAGCUUCCCGCCGAAUCUCCUCCCCCCCCCCAAAAAAAAAGAUGGGCGUUGGACCGAGAUCACUGACGAUUGCUCUAUUCAGGAAUGACCUACGACUGCACGACAAUCCGAUCCUGACCCAUUCCCAUCUGGCGACGGUGAAAGAGGGAGACGCGGUUCGAAGAAACAAAGUGUCGGAGUACGUCUUGCCGCUCUACGUCUUUGACGAGCGGCAGAUCGAGCUCUCUGGCUUGGAGGGAUAUCGUCAACAUGGGGGGCCUGCCCGUACCGAGGUCUGCGGGUUUUGGAGGACCGGUUCUCAUCGAUUAAAUUUUUUAUGUCAGUCAGUCUACGAACUCAAGCACCAACUCAAGAAGAGCGGAAGUGAUCUUCUGGUCAGGUUCGGUGUGGUCGAAGCCACGACGCUCAAGAUCAUCGAAGAGCUCCAAAGGAACGGCUUCAGUGUCGAUCAUGUCUACAUGGCCAAGGAAGUCGCAUUCGAAGAAGUCGGGACCGAGAAAAGAUUGGCCAAGCUCUUGGGCGAGUUGGCCCACAAAGUUCCACUCACCCUGUUCCACUCAAGAUCCUUAGUUCAUCCGGAUGAUCUGCCUUUUACGAUCAACAAGACGCCCGACGUGUAUACGCCCUUCCGAUCGAAGGUGGAGUCGUUACCGGCGGACCAGCUCUGUCGGCCAUUGCUGCCACUGCCAGAAAAACUGCAGCCGUUCCCGGCGCUCCCGGAGACGAUUCUGAAAGCUGCACCGGAGCCUGGAUACUCCGGAUCGCUGUGUGAAGGGCAGGGCUUUGACGAAGUCUUCGCAAGACUUGUCAAGCCGUUACUCUCCAAUCCUGAUAUCCCACACGACCCCAAGGAAGCCAAUACGCAGGAUUACAAGCCCGAUCCUAGAUCCGCUUUCCCCUAUCAAGGCGGCGAAUCCGAGGCCUUGAGAAGACUCGAUGAUUAUUUCUUUAAAGGUAAUCAGCCCCCAGUCAGGUCCUAUAAAACUACCCGAAACGGCUUGCUCGGUCAUCAAUACAGCACCAAGUUUUCUCCCUUCCUCGCCUUCGGCUGUAUCUCUCCCAGGAAGAUCAUUCAUUCUUUGUGGGAUCAUGAGGCUAAGUUCGGCUCCAACAAGGACACCUAUUGGGUCUUGUUCGAAAUCUUAUGGCGAGAUUAUUUCAUCUUCAUCAGUCAAAAGUUCGGGAGAAGACUAUUUCUUAUAAAAGGAUUCGAAGGCCGAAUAGAUCCCAAAGGCGCGACCAAGAAGUUAUCAUAUUGGAAGCCAUUUAAGGACGAGAAGAUGAAUCAACAAAGCAAAGGGAAGGAGACGCCGGUGGACCGGAAUGCGCUAGCCUGGUUGAGGGGGAAGACUGGCGUGCCCUUCAUCGAUGCCAACAUGAUCGAGCUACGCGAGUCCGGAUUCAUGAGCAACAGGGGCCGCCAGAAUGUCGCCUCGUUCUUGGCCAAAGACUUGGAACUCGAUUGGAGAAUUGGCGCCGAAUGGUUCGAGUCCGCAUUACUCGACUAUGAUCCUUGUUCCAACUACGGCAAUUGGCAGUAUGUCGCCGGUGUCGGCAACGACCCUCGAACUUCAAGACAAUUUAAUCCAAUUAAACAGGCAAAGGAUUAUGACUCUCAGGGCGACUACGUCAAACAUUGGAUCCCAGAUUUGAAGAGCUUUCCAACAAACAGAAUUCAAUCUCCAUGGCUCAUGAACAGUCAAGAGUGGGACAAACAUUUAGGCAGUUCUACCAAGGAAGAUAAGGAAAACAAGACUGGACAGAAGGACGAUUAUCCUAGACGUCCGAUAUUGGAACAACAGGCAUGGAAAAAGCACUACCAAAGACGUUAAUCCACUCUGGCCUUGUCAGAUUUCAUUCCCGCAGAUUUAGCUCCGUUUCUUUUUUUCACACAUUUCAAUUUUUUUUGGUGGCCUUGUGUAACUUUUCUCAAUACUGAGAACAUCAAUAGAGCUUUUCUUUUUCUCCAAAACAUUGCCCAAUGAAGAGUAUCACAACUCACAUGUAUGUAUCAGUAAUAAUGAGUUGGUAGUUUUCCUUUGCUGGAUGUGUAUGGCCAGAUUGAUUGCAAAGCAAAACAUUGUUAGACUUGGGUAAACUAUGUAUGUGCCCACAUUUACAGAAGAUUAGGCAGUAUGUGUGUUCAAUCUAGAACUGAGCUUUAUGUAGCGGACUUGUAUGGUU